GAGGCUGGAUUUUUUUUUCUCUCUAUACUUUGUGUGUGUAUGUGUAUGUGUGUGUGUGUGUGUGUGUGUGUGUGUCAGUUUUGCUUGGAAAGACUUGAGUCGGAGUUUAUUGAGCAGGGCAGGUAUCCGGCAGAGCCAGCCAAACUUUCUCAGCACUUGUACGAACGGGAUUUGUGUCGCAAAGGGAUUAAUAAUCUGAAAAUGUCAGCAGCCAUGGAUGUGAGGAGAAACUCGGAGGUAAGUGGAUGGUUUGCAGACAAACAUGACUGCCAACAAAAGUUCGAAAGCUGUGCCCCAUGGAGGAGGCGGUAAAGCUCCGCGGGACAUCCCUGACAGGUGCCAAUCUGCAUCCCCGUGCCCCGCUGUCUCUGCCAGCCAGGUUCAGAACCAGCAGCCCUUCCUCAGUGACAGUGAGCACUCUGGCAAACAGAGUAGGUACGUCAGGACUGACGGCAGGUUCCUGCUGCGUGCCGGAUGGAGCAGCAAGACAGCUAGCCUGUGCAGCGGUGCAUCUCUCACAGGUGACACUGACCCCCAAGGCCGUCUUCUCAAAUCAAAGAGCAUCAGCUGCCUGGAAAACAGGCUGUCCAUCUACAGGCCUCCAGCUCAAACCAAAUCCUCUCAGGAGAGUGACGACGUCCAGGAGCAGAAGGAGAAACAAGGAGAUCUCCCUGCAGGGGAAGGACUUAAUGGUAGGCCUCUGAACUGUAGCACACUAUCACUGGGACCUUCCUCUAACCAAGGCCACAAGCGCACCCUCUCUCUCACCCACUCAGGGGGAGGUGCCCCUCCCACCACAAUCCGCAAAAAGAUCUCAGAAUGGGAGUGCAGAAGGGUGUCAUUGCCUAGGAUGAGCUUGUGUCUGGAUAAAAGAGGAGGGGAGUGCGUGGGGGGUAGUGAGGGCUGCCCGAGUCUGCUCUCUUCUCCCUGCAGCGAGAAGACUUUUGACUUCAAGGGUGUCCGCAGGAUGAGUACGGCAUUCUCUGAAUGCUCCUUCACGGGGACAGAGGAAGAGAAUGGAGUUUCAGAAAAAGAUGGUCUAGGUCGUUUUCAGAAAAGGAAAGGCAAGACAGAGUCCUCAGGAGCAUUUGUACGCUCCCUGUCUGCCCGUAAAGAGACGUCAGCAGUUCUCAACAGGAUACAAAAGAUAGAGCAAGCCCUAAAGGAUAAUCCAAGCCCUUCCCCUCCACGUUACCUGAGUAACUGCUAUGCUCCAGACAAGACAAGACAGAAGUCCUUUGUGAUUGGUGAUGACUUGGACAGUACAUGCACCAGUAAGCGAAGCAGCAUUUGCUCAGUGGCCACUGAACCUGACACUGUUUUGGUGCCAGAUAAGCUCUCUAAACUCAGACAAAGGUUUAGUGUGAGCUCGACCAGGUCUGAGAGCCCAGAACCACCAAAUCAACAGACCUGUGUUGGCACACCAGUCAACCCCUUACCUAAACCCAAACGCACUUUUGAAUAUGACGCCAAACGGGACCCAAAGGGCAUUUUAUCGGCCAAUGGACUACCUCCAGAUAGAGCCUCUGAGUCUCCCCCUCCUCUGCCCUCGACUCCAGCACCCAGCAUGACACGAACAGCUAAGACCGAAGGGAGCAGCCCUGUCAGAAUCCAGGACAGAGAGUCGUGUGAGUCGGAGGAUGCCUCCAGUUUGCCUUCUUCAUAUCCAUCCUCACCCACAGAGAACGGCACACUGACCACAGCCACCCGGAGCCGACCCACUUCCAAAAGCACUUUAGAGGAGAACGCUUAUGAAGACAUAGUAGAGAAGGAAAAUCCAUAUGAGGAUGUUGACCUGAAGCGGAAGAGUUUGGUUCGGAAGUCUGGUCUGUUGGAGAGCAACAGAUGCUGGAGCACCAUGGACAGGAAGCUGAACUCUCCGCCUCAAUUACCUUCCAAACCCAGUAGCCAGUCUCUUCGCCUCCCUGGUCCGAGCGACAGGAAAAGCCACCGGAUGUCACAGCUGUCCAAACGCUACAGCCACGAUGAAAUGCUUCUCCUUCCCCAGAUCGGUGGAUCAACAUCAUCUUGCGGCCUGCUGGAUGAUAGCCUCUGUAGCACCAGUGAUACUCUGUCCUCACACAGGCACUGGAGGAUCCCCAAGGUGGUCCAGAGGAUCAACUCCAUUUACUGCACUAAACGUGGGAAAAAGAGACUAAAGAAGCUGUCCGUGUCCAAUGUUGAGAUGGCGUCUCUCAGAGAUGACAACAGUGAGAGUGAGAGCGACUCUGAUGACAGGUUCAAAGCUCACACCCAGAGGUUAUUGAAACUGCAGUCCAUCCUUCGUAGAGCCCCGAGCUAUCGUACACUAGAGCUGCAGCUGAUUGAGUGGCAAGAGAGAGAGCUCUUUGAGUACUUUGUGGUGGUUUCUUUGAAAAAGAAACCUAGCAAGAACUCUUACUCUCCAGAGGUCACCUAUCAGUUCCCAAAGUUGGAGAGGCCCACCAAGCAGAUGCGGGAAGCAGAGCAGAGGCUCAAAGCUAUUCCUCAGUUUUGCUUCCCAGAUGCAAAAGACUGGAGUCCUGUCUCUGAGUAUACCAGUGAGACCUUCUCCUUCAUGUUGACCGGGGAGGACGGCAGCAGGAGGUUCGGGUACUGCAGACGCCUGCUGCCAACUGGGAAAGGACCUCGCCUUCCAGAGGUGUACUGUGUCAUCAGCAGACUGGGCUGCUUUGAUUUGUUCUCCACCAUCCUGGAUGAGGUGGAGAGACGGAGAGGCAUCUCUGCAGCGCUGGUCUAUCCCUUUAUGAGGAGUCUGAUGGAGUCCCCCUUUCCUGCACCAGGGAAGAUUAUCAAAGUCAAGACCUUCCUGCCCGGAGCAGGAAAUGAGGUCAUUGAGCUGAGGCGGCCCACUGACUCCAGACUAGAACACGUGGACUUUGACAGUCUGUUCAAGUGCCUCAGUGUACGGCAAGUGAUACGAGUCUUUGCCUCGCUGCUGCUGGAGCGCAGAGUAAUCUUUGUGGCUGAUAAACUCAGUACCCUGUCCAGCUGCAUGCAUGCAGUGGUGGCACUGCUCUACCCCUUCUCUUGGCAACACACCUUCAUCCCCGUGCUGCCAGGGUCCAUGUUGGAUAUCGUCUGCUGUCCCACUCCCUUCCUGGUGGGGCUGCUAUCCAGCUCACUGCCUAAACUUAAAGAGCUGCCUGUGGAGGAGGCUUUAAUGGUCGACCUAGGAACUGACCGCUUCAUCCGACAGAUGGAUGACGAGGCCUCACUGUUGCCACGGAAACUUCAAGCAGCUCUUGAGCAAGCGCUAGAGCAGAGGAAUGAUAUCAUCAACCAGGACUCUGACAGCGAGUCAGAUGAAGAAUAUAACUCCUUGAACAGCCUAGUGUCAGAGGCUUUCAUCCGCUUCUUCCUUGAGACUAUUGGACACUACUCCCUGUUUAUCACUCAAAAUGAACGUGGAGAGCGUGUUUUCCAAAGAGAGGCUUUCCGCAAGUCUGUGGCAUCGAAGAGCAUCCGUCGUUUCCUGGGAGUCUUCAUGGAGUCUCAGAUGUUUGCAGGAUUCAUUCAAGAUCGGGAGCUGAGGAAAACACGGGCUAAAGGGCUAUUUGAACAGAGGGUGGAUCAGUACCUGGAGGAGCUGCCAGACACAGAGCAGAGUGGAGUUAACAAGUUCCUGAAAGGCCUUGGAAGUAAAAUGAAGUUUCUCCACAAAAAGAACUGAGGGAGGGGGGGACUGAAGGCCCACACAUCUCUGCUUCAGGAGGACUCUCAGAUUUUUGUCUUUUCUUGAUUAUUUUUAAAGCAACAAUAUGUACAUAUUAUUCCACUGUAAGCUGUGAUGCUCUUCAGUGUAUGUUUAUAGUACCUUAUGAGGCAGUGAUAGUGGGACGGUACACAGCGAGUGAGUUGUAGAGUAACCACUGAUGUCCAAGUGUGUUUGUGUUAACAGAGUAUAUGAGUAUAUGUGACUUGACAUGGACGUAAAUGUACAGUUCAUAUGUUUUCUUUAUUAUUUUACAACAGUGUUGUCCUCUGUUUAAGGAGCGUAUUCAAAACUACAUGGAACGAGAUAAUGAAGACAAAAUCAUUUUACUCUUCAUAGUCUUUGGUAUUUGUUAUUAAAUAUAGUCAUUUAAGUGCUUUCAAUGCUUGCGUGUUUUAUUUUCUAAUAAUAUUAAUUUCCAGUAUUUUUUUUUAAUUGCUGUCUCAUAAAUACGGCACCUGAAGCUAGCAGAUAUCACCUUUUGUAAUGUAAUUUACAUUUUGUUAGAUGACAUUUUUUUUCCUUUUUAAACUGACAUCUUCAUGACAACUUUCCUCUAAGCUUUGCAUUACAGGAUGGUAAGAUCCCAAAGGUGUUGCAGUCUAGCACCAGCUACCACAUGCUGCCAGUAACCUAAUUACGUCUGUGCACAUCACUCUGGUGGCUGUCACUGCCAUGCUGUUAUUAGCUCUCUGUACUGGGAGGCUCACUAUGGGUGCCAUGUUACUGUCCCUCUGCCUGCAUCCUUCAUGGCAGUUUAGAAUAAUCAUGUCUUUUAUUAUAAAGCUGCACAACCAGCUGUUCAGUAAAAGUACAAAAUACUACAACUGUACCCAUAAUUGUACUAAUUGUGUGAGUUGUGAAACUGACAUAUCCAACAGAGGUUGAGUCAAGUCAAUAAGAUCAUACAUUAUUGUCCAAAAACACCAAUUGUACAAAAAACCUUUAAAAAUGCAUACCCAUCUGAAUCUAUUAGAGUUUACAGAUAGAAAACCAGCACGAUACUACCAGUUUAGCAGUGUGAUUGAGUGUGGAAUGAAUUAAUGUUUAUAAUUAUUCCUCCUGCAGAAAGGCGUCUUCCCAGUGGCCAUUGUUAACAGCUGUGACUCACAUGUGAUCUUGUUAAACUGACAGUUGUCUAUAGUUUCACUUGAUGCUAAGUGUGAAUAUUGUAUGUGCCGUCCAUCUUCUUGGGAUAGCUGAAAGGAUGCUGUUGUAGGUGGGGGAGAGGUGAUGUCUCAGUCCUCCUCUGUUAAGUGAAAGUUUCUCUGCUGUGACAUAAAUUGCCUCUUUCACUCCCAACUCAAACAACAUGUCUUCUGUGUUGAUAUUGAGACUUGAAAUAUUUUAAAAUACAUACAGAGCAGUUUUUAUUUAUUAUGUGUAAUUCUCACAUUGUGGUUUUGUUUUGUUUUUAUCAGGUUUGAAUGCUUUCUAUAACUACAGUCCAAGUAUGAAGGAAGUUACCAAAAAGCAAUUUAAACGUCACUUUUUCUGCAUUUUUUUUUAUUAAGUACGUGGUCUAAAGAAGAUGAAGAAGAAGAAAAAAACAAACAAUAUCACCCCCUUUCACUCUAGCCAAGGGAUCUUGCCAAGUUAGUGCCACACUAAAGCUUCGAGAGACGUCAGAAGUGUUUCACGAGAAAAUCUCACGAUUAACUGCGAGACUUUGAGUCUAAAAUUUUGUCCGGGCCAAAGAGCGACAUCCGAUGGGGGGCAUCGACACUCGGGAGAUUCUCGGGUCAAGGUAAAAAAAAAGAAAAAAAAAAAAAAAAGAGAAAAAACUCCCGCUUUGUGCAGACACUUUAC